AUGGCCAGCGCCAUGCCGGACCCAACGCUGGACGAAGCGACAAUAUCCAGAGCAGCUUCACCACCGCCGCCGCCACUGCCAUCCAAAGGGACAGAACUCACGCAGGAUGUUGCCCUUCAGAUCGAUCACAUCCUGUCGUCAGAGAAGCAGCAGCAGCCGUCCAAGGGCACCGAUAUUUCCUCUUUCAGUCUCGCCGAUCGUUCCUCCCUCGAAUCGCAACUCGAUCAGCUCCUCACCUCUUCGAGAGCGCAAGAUGAGCCGCUCAGCCUCGCCUCGAUCGAUCGCGUCCAGGCGGUGCUCCGCUCGCAAAUCCGCUCGUGCCAGCAACAGAUCGCGCGGCUCACCGCAGAGCUUGAGGCCGAGAUCGAUACCAAUCGCAUGACCCAAGUGCAGCAGGCUAUCGCAGCCCUCCUCGAGCAGCUCCUCUUGAUCAGAGAGAAAGCACGCCAGUCAGAAAACGUGGUCAAAGAGAUCACACGAGAUAUUCGAAGUCUUGACAUCGCCAAACGCAAUGUCGUUUCUAGCAUGACCGCCCUCAAGCGGCUCCAGAUGCUGGUCAACGGCGUCGACCAACUUCAGCGCCUCGCCGAGACUAAAAGGUACAGGGAAGCCGCUUCAUCGCUGCAGGCGGUCCGAUCCCUUCUCGACUUCUUCCAGUCCUACCGCGGCGUUGAGCGUAUCGCCGCUGCAUGGAAGCAGGUCAACGAAUUGCAGAACAGUCUGCGCACCAUCAUCAUGAAGGACUACGAGAACUUCUUCUUGCACGAUCCCAACCGCUCGAUCCGUUCCACGAAUCUUCCAGAAUCCGCCCUCGUCAUCGAUGCGAUCGGCGCCGAGGCCAAGACAGCCCUGCUCGACUGGUACUGCUCGCUCCAGCUGCGCGAGUAUCGUCGCAUCUUCCGAGCCACAGACGAGGCGGGUCAGCUCGACAACGUCUCACGGCGAUUUGCAUGGUUCAGACGCGUGCUCAAGGUCCACGAGGAAGAGCACGCACCCGCCUUUCCAGAUUCGUGGAAAGCAGAACGAUGGCUUGUGCGUCGUUUCGCCGAUGUCACCAAGGAGGAUCUUCGCAGCGUGCUCAUUCGUGAGCAGUCCCGUCUCAACGUAUCGACCCUCAUGGACGCUCUCAAUUCGACGUUGGAGUUUGAAGCAACGAUGAGCCGUCGCUACAACACGUCGUUCGAGGAUCUGAUCGCGCCACCGUCGUCCGCCAACACGGCUGCCGCGCCACCACAAUCGCAAACGCAAACGCUCUCGACCGUCUUCGACCCCUAUCUGGGCGUCUUUGUCGAAGCUCAGGACCGAGCACUCUCUGAAAUGUUCGUGCAGUACCGACAGCAAGGCGCGAGAAUGUCACAAGACGGCUUCGGCGCUGAAGCGUCCCACGGCGCUCAAGCGUUCGGCGGUGAUGGUGCGGGCGCCGACGGUCCUAGCGGGUCCAGCGGCAGCAGCACAGUGCUACCCUCCUCGACCGAGCUCUUCUACUUUUACCGGCAAACACUCGAGCAAUGCGCGCGGCUGUCCAACAAAGAGCCCUUUCGCGACCUAUACGAAGUGUACCGCAAGUGGCUUCGCGUCUACGCCGAGGACGUCCUGCGUUCCGCUCUGGUACGCCACGAGCCCAUUCGGCGCUCUAUCGACGUGCGUCCCAACAUCGCCGACAUCCAGCGAUGGUGUCUCGUGCUCAACACAGCCGAAUACUGCAGCAGCACCUCGAGCCAGCUCGAAGAGAAACUGCGGGAGAAGAUCCACCCGGGUUUCCGAGAUGCGAUCAAUCUCGACGAGGAGCGCGAGAUUUUUACGACGCUCAUCUCGUAUGCGGUGCAGACGCUGGCGCGGGAGCUCGAAUUGUGUUCGGAGCCGAUCUGGACAUCGAUGUUGCGACCCGCAGUGCCGUGGUCCCAGCUACAGCCCCGGUCGCAGGGUGGCGGAAGCGGCAAGUCGCAGUACGUGAUGGACAUGGCGAGUCUGCUCGAGCAGGUGGGUGUCGUGGUGCGGCAGGAUGUGGAGAACAAGCGGUAUGUGCGCAGCUGGUGCGACAAGGUGGUGGGGAUGAUGGCGGCCAAGUUCCUGCAGGGCUUGGUGCGGUUGCGACCUCUGACGCAGGGCAUGGCGGAGCAGUUGCUUUUGGAUGCGGCCGAGCUGAAGAAGAGCUUGGUGGAACUGCCGCGAUACAACAUGGAGGAUCUGGGCGUGGCCCCCGACGGCAGCACCAACGCUACCGAGGCAAGCCUGUCGCACUGGGCACCCGCACCUUCGGCGGCGCAAACAGCCCUCUCGACGCAAGCCGCCUCGUACGUUCGCUACGUGCACCGGCUCACCGACCGCAUCGACACACUUCUCCGUGUCGUCCUUGCGCCCGUAGACAUCGACCGAGCUGCACCCGACACCGCCGGUCAGGACCUCAUCCACACCUACAUCGCCCUCAUCGCCGACCGCUCCUUUUCCAACUUUCAAAAGAUCCUCGACCUCAAAGGCGUCCGCAAGGUGGACCAGAACGGUCUGCUGGAUCGCUUCCUCUCGACCACCACGACCAUCGCGGAGCUCGGGGACCAGAGCUUCCUCAGCCAGCUCGACAUGGAUCCGCCCCCGCAGCCCAUCCUUGCCUCGCCGUUCAGCGCCGCCACACCGAGCUUCCUGGACAGCAACGCGAGGAGGGACAGCAAUACGGCAGGACAGCCGUAUAGGAACAAUUCGCUCUUCGGUCCGGACAGUUUGAAGAGUCCGACGUUGCAGAGUGGGUUCGAGGCGCAGAGCGGGGCGCAGGGUGGAGCGGGUAGGGCGUUUAGCGACUUGAGGAAGUUCGGAAACUUCUUUGGCGCUGCGUUGGGGAGGAAGGACGGGCGGUAG